AUACAAGAUUUCAAAAUUAAAUGUCAUGGGGAGGAUGCUUCAGCUAACCAUGAUAUCGCAGAUGCUAUAAUUUUAGAAUUAAAAAACUUAUUUCAAUAUAAUACUCAAGAUAUCUAUAACAUGAAUGAGAUGGAAAUUGGCAAAUUUGUUUACACUUCUCUAAUUUCUUUAGAAAAUACUAAUGAAAAAUAUGAAAGCGAUACCUUGGGGCUUUAUAUGAGUUUUAAUAUUCAACAAGAAUUCAAUGAGUUAUUAAAUUAUCAUGAA